AUGACCCCUCUCACCACCGAGACACCGCUUAGUCUCCGUAACAGGACCCCACUCGGAGUUUCGGUCCUUGCCCUGCAAGGUCGAAAACGCGCUCUAAAUAGGUCCGGUGUUCAGAGGUCAGAAUGUGUUUGUUGGUAUUCUCUCAUACCAAAGACAAUGAUUGAUCCUCUCAACAUGGCUCUGACUCCCACUACUAUCACCAGCACUUUUGCGGACUUGGACCGGACGCAGAUCGUGCCGUCGCAUCAAGGUCCACAUGUAUUGCCAAACGAUCCCUUGUUCACCAGGCUACUGCGGCACGCCCAUCGAGACCACGUCGCCAUUGUAGACCAGGUUCUUGGAGUGUCCAAGACGUAUGGGGAGCUGCUCGAUGCUGUUCUAUGGUACAGGGAGGUUGUACGAGCAGCGUUGGCAUCCGAGGUGCAGCACCAGCUGAGUAGCGGCAGUGAGGUGUAUUUCGGAGUGCUAGCUGCAGGUGGCUAUGAGUUUACUGUAGCCGUGCUGACGGUGCUGGCGCUCGGAGGAGCAGUCGUGCCUAUGUUCCCCACGGCUCCGGCAGACGAGAUCUUCUACUACGCCACAAAGUCACAGCAGGUGGCCAUUCUUUCCAGCUCAGCGACGACCCAGCUUGCAAAAGAGUCAGCGCAGCGCUGUGGCAUUCUGCACCUUGACAUUUUACCCAACCUACCUCGCACGACCCGCUUGAAGCCGUUCAACAUUUCGUUAUCAUCCAACUCACCACGAGACCCCAGCGCACCCGGCGUAGUUAUCUUCACUUCUGGCACAACCGGCAAGCCCAAGGGCGUAGUGCUGCGACGGACCUAUACACAUGAGGGCGCUAUCACUGUCGGCGACAGCUACGGCAUCACUCACACAGACGUUCUUCUCCACACGCUUCCCGUCCAUCACACCACUGGUCUGGGUACUUCGUUCUUCCCCUUCCUCAACGCAGGAGCCUGUAUUGAGUUCCAUGAGAAGUUCGACGCUGGCACCGUGCUCCAGCGCUGGCUGCAGGGUGGCCUGACCAUCUUCUCUGCUGUACCUACGAUUUACAUGCGUCUCAAGUGGUUCAUCGAACAGCUCCCGACACAUGAGCAGAUGCCUUAUAAGCAGGCAGCACGCCAAUUCCGUGCAUUUCUAUGUGGAUCUAGCGCUCUGCAGGAGCACGUACAGGAUUUCUGGACCGCCACAAGGGGCCAGCCAAUCCUUAUCCGCUACGGCGCUACCGAGAUUCCUGGCUGCAUUCGUGUGCCUCUCGAAUUUCGGGACAUUCCCAAGGGAAGCGUAGGCCAGCCUUUGCCAGGAGUAGAGAUUAACAUCUCUCCUGAAGGUGAGUUGUUGGUCAAGACGCCUAAUAUGUUCGCCAAGUACCUCAUGGAACCGGAAACAACCAAGAACGCACUUGAUGCUGAUGGCUGGUACAAGACGGGUGACAUCGCACGACGUGAGGGGAACUUCUACUUCAUCGAGGGCCGCGCCUCAGUGGACAUCAUCAAGUCUGGUGGUUACAAAAUCUCAGCGCUGGAUGUUGAGCGCGCGUGUUUGACACUGCCAUACGUGAACGAGGCCAUGGUAGUGGGUGUAGAGGACGACGAGUUUGGGCAGCGGGUUGCUGCGGUGCUGGCUAUGAAGAACAAAAAUGCAUCGGAUAUCACCCUUGACACAGUCAGGAAUACUCUAAGGGAUCAGCUGGCCGGGUAUAAGCUCCCCACUGUGCUGAGGGUGAUGGAAGGGGAGAUCCCCAAAGGUGCUACAGGCAAGGUACAGAAGAAGAUACUGGGACCGAAACUCAUUCCGACUCCCGGAUACGAGGAGAUACCUCAGGUUCAAGUGUGGAAGAAGAAGCAGCAAAGGCCGCUACAGGCAAGACUGUGA